CUCCAGGGGCUGAUAUUGCAUAAGCCAUGAUCACCUGUUAGUAUUUAAACCAGCUGGGACGUAACAGCCAGACUAAGACAGCACAUGGGAAGAAUUUGAGAGACUCUCGGACAACAACAUCCAUCGCUACCUGCACCAAUGUAUCAUUUGUGUGCCGACAUCGCUGUGGCUAAAUAUCACGUGUUGGCUGUGCUCUUCUUUCUCGUCCAGCCGACGGAAGCCCACGAGUAUCAAAACAUGUCCGCUAGCGCCCAAGGCCGCUUCAUGUAUUUCGCUUAUGGAAGUAACUUAUUGAAGGAAAGACUGCAACUAUCAAACUCCUCUGCAGAAUUUCACACCAUCGGACAACUAAAGGACUAUGAGUUAAACUUUGGCCUGUUUCACGAAAAUGCGGAAAGCGCUUGGCAUGGUGGAGUGGCCACCAUUACUGCCUGUCCAGGGACAGCCGUGUGGGGGGUAAUCUGGACUUUGAGCAACGAGGACCUCGCAAGGCUGGACAUACAGGAAGGGGUCAGUGAGGGAAUAUACUCUCCAUUGGAGGUUUCAGUGGAGACUGACAGAGGACUCAUAGUCUGCAGGACUUAUCAGAUGAACAAUUGCCACGCCAGCCAUCCCUCUCCUCAGUACAAACAGGUGAUCUGUCUUGGUGCAGAGCAGAAUGGCCUCCCGGUGGAGUACAUGAAGAAGCUGCAGGCCAUUCCAACCAACAACUACAGCGGCCCCUCACUGCUUGAUAAAAUCAAAAUAGACCCAAAGUAGAGCUUGAAAGUUUACAUUCCUGAACUUGGAAAUAUCAGUUGACAAAAACAACCUCACCACUAAGUCCUUUUUAGUAGCUUUUCUGAGAACAUAAAGAGCAAAAAUGGAAAAAAAUAGACUUAAUAGAAGCUAUUCUGUUAAUUAAUUGACUAACUUUCUGGCAGUUUUCAGGCACUUUACACUGCAUUUCUCAGCCACCGUCAUAUAUGGAAUUAUAUAUUGAUACAACUAAAAUUUAAAUAAUAUUAUGGUGAUGAGGACUGUGAGACUUAGUUCACAGACCCUGGAAAAAGCUAGUAACUGGACUUUGAUUUGAGUUUUUGUCAAACAUUUCUAAGGUCUAAACUGAGAAACCCUGUUAUGAAGUUGAAUUGGCACCACCGUGUGGCCAGAGGUUGGUAGUGCAUGAACGUCAUAAUGAGAUGUUGGAUGGGCCUAACAUAUAACACAGGUCUUGUCUUUUAUUUAUAACUGCUGUAAAACAAUUGAUAUAUUGUAUUUUAGAGCCAUCACAAUAGAAGACUAAAAUGUAUGACAGGCUGAAAAUCAUUUUAUUUCAGGGAAAUAUUAAACACUGAUGAAACACC